GCGCGUGACAUUUUAUGAUUUACAUGAUUUGUAACUUCGGCUGCAUGCGCUAGAGUGGAUGUUACUUGGCUUGGAUCGUGGUCAUCAUGAUUGUUUAAUGACUUGUUUCUCAGUUUUCAAGCUAAAAUAUCUGUCGUCAUGGGACGAACAAACCUAAUUGUAUCACUAUCAGUACUGUCAUUUGUGUUCCUGAACUUUAAAGGGAUGUCGGCUACACGCUCAUUCACCAUCGACUACGACCAUAACACUUUUGUCAAGGAUGGCCAACCCUUUCGCUACAUUUCUGGCUCACUGCACUAUGCUAGAGUCCAUCACCUCUACUGGAAAGAUCGGCUGGCCAAGAUGUACAUGGCAGGCUUGGAUGCUGUCCAAACAUACGUCCCAUGGAACCUCCACGAGCCCAAACACAGUACCUACAAUUUCGAGGGGACUGCCGACCUGGAGACAUUUCUCCGCAUGGCUCAGGAGGCGGGGCUGUUGGUGAUUCUGCGAGCAGGGCCCUACAUCUGCGGCGAGUGGGACAUGGGUGGACUACCGUCCUGGCUGUUAAAAAAUCCAAACAUCAGGCUACGCACAUCUGACCCAGAAUACUUGAUGUACGUUGAUUCCUGGAUGGGGGUUUUACUACCCAAAGUCAAACCUUUCCUCUAUGCCAACGGUGGACCCAUUAUAACAGUGCAGAUUGAGAAUGAGUACGGCAGCUACCCAGCCUGCGACCACAAGUACAUCCGCCACCUGCUCAAACUCUUCAAAUCUCACCUCGGGGAGGAUGUCGUGUACUUCUCAACUGAUGGGCCGUCGAAAGGCAUGCUUGAGUGUGGCACCCUACAGGGAAUAUAUACAACUGUUGAUUUCGGACCAGGGGGCAAUGCAAGCAGAUACUUUGAAGUACAGCAGCUGUUUGAGCCUCAAGGUCCUCUGGUGAACUCCGAGUACUACACCGGUUGGCUUGACCACUGGGGGCAACGCCACCAAAGCAAGGCACCUACUGAGAUUGUCAAUUACCUUGACGAUAUCCUGCAACUUGGAGCUAACGUCAACAUGUACAUGUUUGAAGGAGGGACCAACUUUGCUUUCUGGAACGGUGCCAACGGAAACGAGCUCGCUUACUCCCCACAACCGACGAGCUACGAUUAUGACGCUCCACUGACCGAAGCGGGCGACCCAAACGAAAAAUACCUUGCCAUCAGGACACUCAUUGGAAAAUACAAAAAACUUCCCCCUGGCAAUAUCCCACCUGCGACACCAAAGUACGCUUACGGCAAAACGGAAAUGAGCCGCAUUGCAACGCUCUACGAGGCGUUGAGCACAAUAUCCCCCUCUGAUCCAAUCAGCUCGGACUAUCCAAUCAGCAUGGAGGAUAUACAACAGGAUUUUGGGUUUGUAUUGUAUAGAACCCAACUUCAGGCCAACUACACACUUCCCACAGCCCUGACGAUCACUGGCAUUCGAGACCGUGGAUACGUUCUGGUAGAUAAGAAUCCUAUUGGAAUUCUCAAGCGUAACACUCAAGUCACCCUCAACAUGACUGGUUACAUCAACUCAACACUGGAUAUUUUAGUGGAAAACAUGGGUCGGCUGAACUACGGCUGCUGCAUAAAUGAUUCCAAGGGCAUCAUUAGCAAUGUAACCCUGGGCGGUGUUGUCCUGAAAUCCUGGCAGAUCUACUCUUUAGACCUCAGUAAGGCACAGCCAUCUUCCCUGAAGCUGGUCCCCGAGACCCGCCCAACCAGUCUGGAAGACCUGCCCUCUGGACCGUUGCAGAUACCUUCCUUCUUCAUCGGCACCCUUCCAAGCGGUCCGGCGGGUGGACCUCAAGACACCUUCUUAAAGCUGACGGGUUGGUCCAAGGGCCAGGCUUUCAUCAACGGGUUCAACCUGGGUCGCUACUGGCCGGCCGAAGGCCCACAGAUGACCCUCUAUGUGCCGGCCGUCGUUCUCAAUGCAACGACAAACACCCUGAUACUCUUUGAGACAGAACACUCCCCCUGCAAAGCGUCCAAUCCCUUUUCCGUAUGCGUGGUGGAAUUUGUCGAUAAGCCUAUUCUCAACUCGACCAUUCCACCUGUGGAAGAAACGGAAGAGGUGGACGGCUCGCUGGAUCUUGGUGUGCUUGAAGAAUAUGAAUGGGAAAAUAUGGCCGUGUUAGCAUCGAGUUCAGCCGAGAGGGAUACCGAUUAUCAGGAGUACGAAGUUGACCGGAUGGAUGAGCCCCUGUAUGUGGUAGAUGGGAUACCAGACCCCGUCGAAAGACCAGACUCUUCAGCAGCAGCAGCUCCGGAUGUUGAGGAUAAUGCCAAAAGUGAUGGGAAGGAGGACAGUUGCUGGCUUGACGUCGUGAAAACUGCCGCCCGGUUUGUGGCCGAGGUCUUGUGUUUCUUCACCAGUAUACCUGUACUAGUCUGGGGGUAUUUGUAGUCGGCGUUGGUGUAGUCUGCUUUGUCUAGGUCUCGGGCUUUGCCUAAUUUCUCCCCUCUACUCACAACUUAAGAGUCUUGAACUCAUUAAGAAGUCAAAUAUUGCCAUCGAAACAUAGAAAUACAUGCCGCAGAGCCACAUGUUGAAGUAUUGCUCUUUAAUUUGAACACUUCAGGCCUACGAUCAGGGAUCGGUUUAAGAGACCGUGCCCGAGACGGAGACAGAGCCAACUGUGGCAAUUCUGCCUGUAUCUCCUCUGUACUUUUUCAUGCGUAUGUAUUUUUGUUCUUCUUUGGUCAACAAUUCACACUCGGACAAUGUUUCAUGUAUGCUAUUAUCACAAUUCUCAGAAGUAAAGCAGAAAACGUUAUUCGACUAUUAAGUACUUUCAAAGGAAAAUCAAUUGAGAAGCAGCGAAUAAAUAUGUAAAUCAGCGCAUGACAUCUGGGCCCAAUUUCAUGGCACAACUUACCGCAGAAUUCCGCGCUUACGAUUUUCAUUCUACGCUAAUCGUGCUAGCGGAAAAAUUCUACGCUAACCUUUUACGCACAGAAUUCUUAGUUACAGGAUGUACGCAUGCGCACAAGCCAAAAUUCCUUGCUAACAUGUGAAAUACGUUCGCCGUAAGCACAGAAUUGUCUGCUUUGGUAAGUGCUGAUUUUUCGCCUGUGGUAAGCAGCACCUUGAAGUUGGGCCCUGGUAACAUGUUUUUCGCCAAAGAGAUGCUGUAAAAGUUGGUUUGUUUGCCUGCUUAAAAGAAAACCGGAAGUGAACAUGUCUAGUGCCCAGUAGUCAACCAGGUAUAGCUUAACCCAGGUGUCAUGGUGCCUUUUGGACGCCCUGUCCUGAAUCUGGACACUUAAUGUCAUUGGAGGAGAAACAAAAAUGGACAUUUGGUUUUUAAUUUGGUUUAAACAAAUAUGGAGAAGUUCUUGGCCGAUCCUUGCUUUCAUUUCCAAUUUUGCAGUUUAUAGAUAAACGCACGAACCCUGAAAGUAAAGGAAUACAAUAUGGCUGCUUCUUGCUGAAUCAAAAUUGACACACGUGGAUUCAAUGUAGGUGUACCCACGUUGUGAUUCCUGAACAGAAAGGCUGAAAAGUGAAACAUGUUCUGUGACAAGGAAACCAUUGUUCAUUUGUGUUUUCACAACAGUUUCUAUCGUUCAUGGAUCUUCUGUACUUUGACAAAUGUUAGAUAAGGCUUACAUUUAUGUGAUUGCUUUUACUUUAAUGUGCAGCUUUUUAGAACUAUUAGUAUAUAUUUUAUUCAGAAGAAAAUCCUGAGAGACAUUUUCUAUUAUGGGGUGAUUGUUUUUUUAUAUAUUGUAAACAAUUCAAAAUCACUGAUAAGUAUUGGAAUAUGUCUUGUGAAUCAGUACUGAUUGUUCCAUAUUUAUGUCAUCGUUUUCUGAUGUGAAUGUAAUUUUAAUAUUUUUUAUAUAAUUGUAUGUAAUGCUUUACUAAAUUCUUCAGAAUAAACUGAAAAUUAUAAGUAUGACCGAGUGCAUCUUGUUACAAUGCAUUUGAACUUUUGAAUAAUUGUGCAUUCCGUUUGGAAUUCUGUUUGCACAAACUCGUCUAUUUUAUUGGAAGUUGGAAUAAUUGGGAAUUCGUUACUUUUUAACUGAUGAAAGGUAAAGCUGUCAAAUUUGUAAAGAAAAUAAGAUUUGGGUAAUAAAAAAAAAGAAAUGAA